AUGACAGAAGCAUGCCAGUCGCCCCCGGCGACGGAAUUAUCUAAAGCAGAGCGCUUCAAAGCCACGCAUCUUGCCGCGCGCCAUGGCAACUACCACCAGUAUUACACCAAAUUCCGUGCGCCCACCGUUCCAGACGAGCGCCUCUUCAUUCUUCCCUCAGAGAUCCUACACAACGCUCGAGUCAUAGACCUAGGCUGCAACGCGGGCAAAUUGACCCAUGAAGCGAUAGCGCACUGCGGCGCAGCCGCCUCCGUCGGUGUCGAUAUCGACCCAUGGCUCGUCGAACAGGCGAAAGCAGCGUACCCGGACGGGCCGUGUACAUUCGAGCAUUUUGACUUCGUGGAUGCGUCUGCAUACACGGGUACCGCGCUGGGUAAGUUCGACGUUGUCUUACUACUCUCCGUGACCAAGUGGAUACAUCUCAACAGUGGGGACUCUGGGAUUUUGACGCUAUUUGCGCACAUACAAAGCAUUUUGAAUGACGGGGGUUAUCUCGUCGUGGAACCGCAGCCCAUGAGCAACUAUGCCAGAGCUUCCAGGAAGAAUAAAGAAUUGAGAGAAGCGUAUAAGACGAUCCAGAUCAGGCCUCCGUUUGAGGAUGAGCUGAAAGCACAGGGAUUUGAGAGAAUAUUAAAAUUUGAGAGGGACGAGGAGGGAUUCGCUAGGCCUGUACAUGUUUGGAAAAAAGUUUCAUGA